AAGCGGUUUGCAGUCUUUUUCUCUCUUAUUAUUUAGCUAGCAAACAGCUAAAUAAAGAGCAAUUGAAGACUGAACAUGCCGCGGGAAAUCAUAACGCUGCAGCUGGGACAAUGUGGAAAUCAAAUCGGCUUUGAGUUUUGGAAGCAGCUGUGUGCAGAGCAUGGCAUCAGUCCAGAGGGGAUUGUGGAGGAGUUUGCAACUGAGGGGACAGACAGAAAAGAUGUGUUCUUCUAUCAGGCUGAUGACGAACACUACAUCCCUCGGGCGGUUCUCCUGGAUCUGGAGCCUAGGGUGAUCCACUCCAUCCUCAACUCUCCUUAUGCAAACCUGUACAACCCUGAGAACAUCUACCUCUCUGAGCACGGCGGAGGGGCUGGGAACAACUGGGCGAGUGGAUAUUCACAGGGCAAAAAAAUCCAAGAAGACAUCUUUGACAUCAUUGACCGAGAGGCAGAUGGCAGUGACAGCCUCGAGGGAUUUGUUCUGUGUCAUUCCAUUGCCGGGGGGACAGGCUCUGGGCUGGGAUCUUAUUUACUGGAGAAACUCAAUGACAGGUACCCAAAGAAGCUGGUGCAGACUUACUCUGUUUUCCCAAACCAGGAUGAGAUGAGUGACGUGGUCGUUCAGCCGUACAACUCAUUGCUCACACUGAAGAGGCUCACCCAGAACGCAGACUGUGUGGUGGUGUUGGAUAACACAGCUCUAAAUCGCAUCGCCACAGACAGGCUGCACAUCCAGAACCCUUCGUUCUCCCAGAUCAAUCAGCUGGUUUCUACCAUAAUGUCUGCAAGCACAACCACCCUGCGCUACCCAGGCUACAUGAACAAUGACCUUAUCGGCCUGAUUGCGUCCCUCAUCCCGACUCCCCGCCUCCACUUCCUAAUGACUGGGUACACACCACUCACUACUGACCAGUCGGUUGCUAGUGUGAGGAAAACCACAGUGCUGGAUGUGAUGAGGAGGCUUCUGCAACCCAAGAACGUGAUGGUGUCCACAGGAAGAGAGAGGCAACCUAGCCACUGCUACAUUGCUAUCCUUAAUAUCAUCCAGGGAGAGGUCGACCCCACACAGGUACAUAAAAGCCUCCAAAGGAUCCGGGAACGUAAACUUGCCAGUUUUAUUCCCUGGGGUCCUGCCAGCAUCCAGGUGGCUUUGUCCAGGAAGUCUCCAUAUCUGCCCUCCGCCCACCGAGUCAGCGGCCUGAUGAUGGCCAACCACACAAGUAUCUCCUCUCUGUUCGAGCGGACAUGCCGGCAGUAUGACAAACUGCGUAAGCGUGAGGCCUUCCUGGAGCAGUUCCGCAAAGAGGACAUAUUCAAGGACAACUUUGACGAACUGGACAACUCGCGCGAGGUGGUCCAGCAGCUGGUAGACGAAUACAGUGCAGCCACGCGACCUGACUACAUUUCCUGGGGCACACAAGAACAGUGAACAGACUUAUUGUCUUGUAUUUGAACUACAACCCAGUUAGGAUACACGCUUAGCUAGUCUUUUCUAACUCAAUACUCUCCACAUUAUUUUUCCUACAUGUGUCCCAAAAUAGACCGGUAUUUGGCUCUAGCUGCUUCUCUGGAAAAAAAAUAUUUAUUGAUUUGGUUUGUUAUAGCAUGUAAUCAUAUUGUGUUUGUGUCUAAAAAAAGAGACUGAGGGAUGAGUGUUUACACCCACUGUCAUAUUACCAAAAAUGAAAAGGGUGAAACUACAGUGGGGGGUUUUUUCUGAGAUUCUCAAACUCAGUAUACUUAAACCAGUCCGUAUGUACUAGCACUUGUUCCCUGCAAGUUUGUGCCUCAAUAUGUCCUCUACAAAAAAAUAGUUACUUUAUUCUUCUAAACUCAUCUUUUCCCCCCUUGUAGCCUAUUUCAGUUUUCAGCAAUGAAAGCCAACUUGUUGCCUUGUUUUGUUCUAUUUUUAUACUGAGUACAGUGUUUCAGUUUUUUGUGCAGUUAAUUUACAGUGAAACAUCCACAGUCCAGGGAAUGAUUGCCUUGAAUAAUGGGAGUACAGACAGAAUGAUUUGCAUGAUGGUUAAUGCAGGUUCUUGCAUCCCACACAUUUCUGACAUGGUGCUUUGUACCGUCUGUCUGCUGCUGAUAUACAUUGCUCAUUUGUUGCCACUCUACACGACCAACAAGAAUGUCAGGUUGAAGUUUGGUUUGACCCAAAAAUGAUGUUUAAAUACCUGCCAUAAAAACUGCAUUGACAUUUAAACUACAGAGAAAGGAACAGUUUGGAUGGAUCUUGUCUAACACUUCAUCUCUGCCUGUAAAUACUUAAAAGAAUAGUUGGUUCACUGGCCUUCUGUUUAAAUGAAUAUACUGUUUCAUGUUGCUAUACUUGUUGGACCUGUUGAAAAU